CAUUCUGGGAAUUAGAGUAGCGCGCGGCUACAUCCGGGUGCUCUCAUGCUCUCCCUCAGUGACAGACACCGGCGGAGCUCCAAGGCGACAGUGUCAAUACAACCCUCACGCGCUAGUUAGCUAACACGGCUUAGCCGGCUAAUAUUUGAAUUCCACCACUGGACAUUUAUACAUUACACGCUUUAUAAAUGUUCAUUUCGUACAAAAUGGAUAUUCUUUAGUCGCUGUGGGGUGAAUCAGGUCUUUAUAACACCCCUGUUCGCACACGUCUGCCAACGCCGCCCGUCCUCCCAUCCAUCCAUCCGUUCACCUCCUUGCCUGGCACAGUGUGUGUAUAUGUGCUUUUCAUGAAGAGAAUAGAGAGACCCGAAGGAUACAGGCAAAUGCGGCCCAAGACGUUCCCGGCGAGCAACAAUCAGCAGAUGAUGUUGCACGAGAUCCGGGAGAGCCUGCGCAACAUCUCGAUGUCCCGGCCCUCGGACGCACUCAACGUGGACGCCCAAGGGCAGCAGGGGCGCACUGGUAACCCUAAGAACUACCCGUACCACAGGGCUCUGCAGGAGAUCCGGGAGUCGCUCUUGCCCUUUGCAAACGAGGCCGUCCCUGCCGGACAUGCCCCCGAGGUCAACUUACAGAUGCUGCAGGAGCUCUUGGCUGCAGGGUAUGAAGAGGAGAUGGUGAUCUUGGCUCUAAGGCAGACCAACAGUCGCAGCUUGAUGGCAGCUAUGGACUACAUCAGUAAGAUGAUCCACCAGGACCCAGGGCCGAGGGACCAGAUGGGAGCUGCAGCAGGACGCACUACUAAUGCAGCUGUCAAAGCAGCUGGCCCCUCCCACAUUCAGCAGCCGGUCCUGCGGCGGCCAAGCUGGAAAGGCUCCAAGGAAUCUUUGGCCCCUCAGCGGCACAGCGGCCUGUACCGCUCAAAUAGCCCCAGCCCUCAGCCUGACCUGCCCCGACCUUCGACUUAUCCCCAGGGUCAUGCAGCUGGAGUCGGGGGCCAGCGGGUAAAUCCUUCACCUUCUUCUUGGGAUGCAAACCCUGCCACCAAACGCUACUCCGGAAACAUGGAUUACCUCGCGCCCCGAAUCUCGCCCAUCCCGCAGGGGCCGUGGGCUGAGAGCUACCCAAACCCCUCCUCCCAGGCGCAGCGGGGCAUCAGCCCAGUGCCAAUGGGGCGCCAGCCCAUCAUAAUGCAGGGAUCAGGAGCAAAUAAGUUCAACUUCUCGCCCUCGUGGCCCCAGAACGGCUCCGCACAGGUGGAUUAUGGACACGGCAUGGGCAGGCAGCCCGCGCCCCCCCCUCCAUAUCCUCUAGCUCAGGCCAGCGGACACAGUCCGACAGCGCAGCAGCUGCAGGCACCUAACCGCAACAGUCACAACAUGGAGUUGUACGUCCUGGGCCAGACCAGACCCUCAGCACAGCAGCAGCCACCUUCUAACUCUGGAAAUGGCAGCAAUCAGGAGAUCCCUCCCCCAUCCUGGCCACACAACAUGCCAGCCCGCUCCAACUCGUUCGCUAAUGCUGCACCGGGUUCACGCCAGUGCUCACCGGCAGCCAGCUCGCAGCCUUCCGCUACCACUGUCACGGCCAUCACGCAGGCGCCUGUCCUGCAGCCGGUCAAGAGCACACGCGUUCUCAAGCCCGAGCUGCAUACGGCCGUGGCGCCGACGCACCCCCCUCGACUUCAGCAGCAGCAGCAGCAGCAACAGCCGCCACCAAUGCCGUCUCCAUAUCAGGAAUCUUCUGUGUCCGCACCGCCUGUAUCACAGAUUCCAGUCUCGGAGGUACCUAGCUACCAGGGUCCCCCGCCGCCGUACCCGAAGCACCUCGUCUUGUCUCAGCAGCCACUCGCCCCCUGCGCGCCAUACCCGAAGGAGGACGACGGUGCCGAAGACGACAACGCGGACAACACCAGCACUUGCUCCAGUGAGCGUGCGGACAACCCGGAGACUUUCACGAGCAAUGCAGAGCGGGAGAAGAAGCAAAUCACAACAUCUCCGGUGCCUGUGCGGAAGAACAAGCGGGACGAGGCGCUCCGGGGCGAGGGGCGGGUACAGCUGUACUCACCACAGGCCUUCAAGUUCUACAUGGAGCAGCACGUGGAGAACAUCCUGAAAAACCACCAGCAAAGGCUGCGUCGCAAAAAGCAACUUGAGAGCGAGAUGCAGCGGGUCGGUCUGUCCGAGGAGGCCCAGGAGCAGAUGCGCAUGAUGCUGUCGCAGAAAGAGUCCAACUACAUCAGACUAAAGCGCGCAAAAAUGGAGAAAGCCAUGUUCGAAAAGAUCAAGACGCUGGGCGUGGGUGCGUUCGGCGAGGUGUGUCUGGCGCGCAAGGUGGACACGGGCGCGCUCUACGCCAUGAAGACGCUGCGCAAGAAGGACGUGCUCCUCCGGAACCAAGUGGCGCACGUCAAGGCGGAGCGGGACAUCCUGGCCGAGGCGGACAACGAGUGGGUCGUGCGGCUGUAUUACUCCUUCCAGGACAAGGACAACCUGUACUUCGUCAUGGACUACAUCCCCGGCGGCGACAUGAUGAGCCUGCUGAUCCGCCUAGGAGUGUUUAGUGAGGAGCUGACGCGCUUCUACAUUGCCGAGCUGACGUGCGCCGUCGAGAGCGUGCACAAGAUGGGCUUCAUCCACCGUGACAUCAAACCCGACAACAUCCUGAUCGACCAAGACGGCCACAUCAAGCUCACGGAUUUUGGCUUGUGCACAGGUUUCCGCUGGACCCACGACUCCAAGUACUACCAGAGCGGUGAUCACGUGAGGCAGGACAGUAUGGACUUCAGCAAGGAGUGGGAGGACCCGUCAAACUGCCGUUGUGGAGAUCGGCUCAAACCUCUGGAGAGACGCGCAGCGAGGCAACACCAGCGCUGCCUGGCACACUCGUUAGUCGGCACACCGAACUACAUCGCCCCGGAGGUGCUCCUGCGGACAGGCUACACGCAGCUAUGCGACUGGUGGAGCGUGGGCGUGAUUCUCUACGAGAUGUUGGUUGGCCAGCCUCCUUUCCUGGCUACAACUCCACUGGAGACUCAGAUGAAGGUGAUAAACUGGCAGACGGCGUUGCACAUCCCCCCUCAGGCCAAGCUGAGCGCCGAGGCGUCCGAUCUAAUAGUGAAGCUGUGCCGCGGGCCGGAGGACCGACUGGGCAAGAACGGCGCGGAUGAGAUCAAAGCGCACACCUUUUUUAGAAGCGUGGACUUCAGUGUGGACAUGCGGCAGCAGCCGGAUCCGCCACCUUACGUGCCCAAGAUCACUCACUCCACAGACACGUCCAACUUCGACCCCGUGGACCCGGACAAGCUUUGGAGUGACGACGGCAACCACAACGACACGCUGGGCGCCUGGUUCAGGAACGGCAAGCACCCAGAGCACGCCUUCUACGAGUUCACCUUCCGCCGGUUCUUCGACGACAACGGUCACCCUUACAGUUGCCCCAAGCCCAUAGAAUACGAGGAUUAUGGGGAGGAAGAGGAGGAGGAGCUUCAGAGCCAAGCCCACGGACAGGGGCGGGGCCUCGUCUAUGUUUAAUUUAGCAUUUAAAAAAAAAUAAUACAUUCUUACACUACAUGGAAAAGCUACACUACUAUAUGUCUAAGCAGGGAUGGGACCUGGUGGGACCUGUGUGUGUUGUGUUUGUCUGUGUGUCCUCAUGUGUGUGUAGAAUUUUCAACUGGAUAUUAUAGUCUGGAUGAUUCUGUGUGUGUGUGUGUGUGUGUGUGUGUUUUAAGCCUCCAAGCUGUUUGUUCGAGGUACGAUUCCGAGGCUGUGGUCGUGUAUAAUUUAUUCCGUGUUCACAUCGCACUUUGAUUAGUGCUCUUUUGAACAAACGAGGAUUUAAAUGAAACGCGUCUUUCGGAUGCCGUUUAAAGCCUUAAUUUAUUGAAACCUUUUGUAAAAUGUGGACUCUAAUGGAAAGGACUAGCUCAAUUCUGCCUUCUUUACCAAUGUCAUGUUAAUUUAUGAUUGAGUAGAUCUCUCUCUGUCUCUCUCUCUCUCUCUCUCUCACCCUGUCUGGCCUCACGUGGGCUAUCAUGGGAUUGGUGGAAUCAUUAACUCUUUGUAUUGCUCUGCCUUUUAUUUUACACUCUUUCACCAAAAACAUGAGGGGAAUUAGCAUCUUAGCCAGUCAACUGAACUGACAGCUAGAUUAUUCGUAGAGUAUUGUGUGAAUUGUAUUAUUAGCCUUUUUUGUGUUGUUUUCUAAUUUAUACACUCGAAUGUAUUUAUAAAUUAUGUAGUGUACAUUUUUGUACAUUUUUUUUUUCAUCAAUUUUGUUGGUGUAGGAAAUAAAUCCAAGGGCAAGCUCCCUUCCUCUCACUCA